AUGGCUGCCCGCAGCAAAACUUACAUUGUCGAGCACCUUGACCCUGAACUGGGGGCCUGGUCGGAGCUGGAAUACCUCGCUAUCGCCCGCGAGUCGCAGGAUACGGGGGCUAAGUUCUGCCUAUCAUCUCUCCCUCAGGCUUUCAAGGUCCCUGGGGAAUUAGGAAAGAUCCCUGCUUUCAAGGCAGAGAGGCAGGGCGUCGAACAGCUCUACGAAGGCGAGAAAUCACGAGUGUGUCUACUUGAUCCGGCGGCCGCCAGUGAUCUCUCGCCUGAGGACGGCGAUAAGUUUGACACGUUCCUCUUUGGUGGCAUUCUAGGAGAUGAUCCCCCGAGAGACCGGACAUCUGAGCUACGGAAAAAGGGGUUCGAAGGCCGCCGGCUUGGGCCGGUCCAGAUGACUACCGAUACGGCUGUCAGAGUUACUCGGCUAGUUGUCCAGGGGAAAAGUGUGUUGCACUGGCUCGUUUUUAAGCGCACUACUAACCAUGCUUCAGCUCCCUUGAAAGAGAUUCCCUACCUGGAUUACCCAGAACUCAAAUUCAACGAGCACGAGAGCACUGAGAUGCCGUUCCGCUAUGUCAAGAGCGAGGAUGGGAAGCCGAUCAUGCCCGAAGUAAGUCCCUACUGCUCCGUCAUUUAG